AAGUCCGGUCAGGCCAGCAAGGCGUCAUGCCCCAACUGCGGUGCCGAGUUCACCAGGACGACAGCACGCAACGGACACCUGCUGCACGACAAGUGCAAGCAGCGCCGCAACACGUAG